AUGGAACAGUUUACGUCUUCGGGCACUCGUCCGAAUCGAGACGUUGUGGAAAACGACAACUCAAAUCACAUUACUACCGAUAACCAGCCAAAGCCGCAGGCCACAUCUAACAGCGUUCGAAUUUGGGACGCUCUGCCCUUAAACCCUAUUAUUUUCAAUUUCAUCUCUCGGGCGUAUGCCGGCUUGAGAAGUCUUGCAUCGAAAUGGCUAAACUUCCCUCGAUAUCAGCCAAGUCCCCCUGCCCAUAUACUUAUCAACGUAGGGGCGUGCAACCAAAUAUAUCGGUGGACGCCGGGGUCUGUACUCACAUACAAUGUUGACGAGGACAGCUUUCCUAACGACUUCACCGCAGAAUACGCUCGCAACAGUCUCAAAGACGCAGCUAUAGAAUGGAACAAAGGUGAUAUCGGUGUGCAAUUCCAGGACGUUCCGGACGACCAACCAGCCUUAUUCCGCCUUACAUACAUGAGCUGUAAUAGUACAGAACCUAAUGCUUUGGCCACAUCGUUCUACGCGGGCGUUCUAGGGGACCAACGGCUAUUUGUGUAUGAAUUAAGUUUCGGAGAGCCGUGCUUAGAGCAUAUGACCGGUACCUUUUGCCACGAACUCGGGCACAUCCUCGGGCUGCGGCACGAGUCCGCACGGGAUGAUGCGGACGAGGCGUGUUUCCCGUCGUACCUGCUCGGCCGGCGCAAUAGCUUCUCGAUUAUGAAUCGCUACUUCGAUCUGAAUAUAUACCGCAUCCACGAGGAGGACUACGCCGGCGCGAGACGUUUCUACAAUGCUCGUACUCACGAAUUUCGUGGGUACAGAAUCAUAGACAAGAACCCAAAGGUCUCUGAGAAGCUAUGGGGAACUAGAAGUCAAACUAUAUUUGGGAGAUGUAUAUCCUACAUGAUUGGUUACGAAGUUCCUUGGCGAAUAUAA